UCCCACUGGGUUGGACAUAACAUUGCUCGCCUGCUGUGACCUCAUCUGUUCUAAGGUGGGAUUGGAACAUAUGCAGUAAUGUCAGCUCGAAAAAGAGUUAACUCACAGGCCCAAAGGAGGACUUCUCGAGGUAGUCUGUCAGACCAAAUAAAAGAGAAGCCAAGCUACUCCGAGAGCUUCUUGAAACGUGGACAAAACAGUCCAGAGGAAGAUUAUGAACAUGCAGAAGACACUUUCCAAAUAGCACUGAGAUACUUUGAGAAAGGUCCCAUUCAAACUUUACAGAGUAAAGGUAAAAUCAUGGAAAAACACUUGAAAACCGUGGAAAUUGUGGCUUGGAAGAAUGGUUUAGCGCCAGAAGAAAUUGACAUUCUAUUAAAUGUAGCACUCAGUGGCAAAUUUGGGAAUGCCAUAAACACUCGGAUAUUGAAGAGCUUGAUUCCAGCAACUCUCAUAUCAGGAGAUUCGGUGGUUAAGGCUGUCUCUUGGUUUUGUGUUGGCAAGUGUUCUGGUAGCACCAAGGUUCUUUUUGUUCGUUGGCUGGUUGCAAUGUUUGACUUCAUUAAUGAAAAAGACAAAGUUAACUCGCUCUAUGGGUUCUUUUUUGCUUCAUUGCAAGAUGAUGUGCUGUGCCCUUACAUCUGCCAUUUGUUAUAUUUACUUACCAAAAAAGAAAAUGUCAAACCAUUUCGUGUGAGAAAACUGCUUGAUCUUCAGGCCAAGAUGGGCAUGCAGUGUCAUCUCCAAGCUUUGUUGUCCCUAUAUAAGUUCUUUGUACCUACUUUGAUUUCUGUAUCUUUGCCUGUGAGGAAGAAGAUCUACUUUAAGAGUUCAGAGAAUUUAUGGCGGACAGCUCUGAUUGCUGUGAGGCAAAGAAACAUGGGACCUUCUCCAAUAUCUCUAAAGCUGAUGUUAGGUUCAGCUAAAGUGCGUCCUGUAAAAAGAAAAUGGACUUCUAAUUCAAUUAUACCAGUGCCAAACUCCAGUAGCUAUGGCAGAGAAUAUGGAAAGAAACAGAUGAGUCUUUCUGAUUGCCUCAGUAACAAUGGAUCAUUUCCACUAGAACAGCUUCAUAGCUUCCAUCAACUCUUAGAAAACAUCCAUUGCUUAGAGCUGCCUUGUCAGAUGGGCUCAGUGCUAAACAGUUCUCUGCUACUUCACUAUAUUAACUGUGUUAGAGAUGAGUCAGUCUUACUGAGAUUGUAUCACUGGUUGAGUCAAACAUUACAAGAAGAAUGUAUUUGGUACAAGGUGAAUAAUUAUGAAUAUGGAAAAGAAUUUACCAACUUACUGGACUCUAUCAUCAGGGCACAGUGCUUCUUACAAGAGGGCUUUUAUUCCUGUGAGGCAUUCCUGUAUAAGAGCCUUCCUCUCUGGGAUGGCCUCUGUUGUCGGUCACAGUUCCUUCAACUUGUGAGCUGGAUUCCUUUUAGUAACUUCUCUGAGUUGAAACCACUUCUUUUUGACCAUCUAGCACACCUCUUCUUUACAUCAACUAUUUUUUUCAAGUGUAGUCUUCUUCAGAGUCUGAAAGAGUUACUGCAGAAUUGGCUGUUGUGGCUUUCUAUGGACAUCCACAUGAAACCUGUGCUGAAGAGUCCUCUGUGA